UCCGAGGCUAUUAAAGAUCUUCAGUCCACCAUAUAUGACGCAUGAGGUGCCGAUGAUGCUGGCUUGUCCCAUAAAUGGAUUUAAAUCAAAGACUUUGCACAUAACAUGGCUGAAGAAGGACAAGGAGGACCAGGAGACCGAAAUCGUAAGAUGGGAUUCUGAUGAUGGGGCCGACGUGAACGAUGAUGUCCAUAAUGUAAUAGAGAGUGAGCAUGACGACAAGUCCUACAGCAUUUUUAGUGCCUUAAAGGUAAAACCAACUGUGAACUGCGACGAUGGAGUGAAAUACAUCUGUAGGACCUUCCACCCCGCGACAAAUCAAUCGGCAGAACAAGCACUGGUCAUGGCGGUCACAGCUGUUCCUGUGCUGGGUCCCAUACAGCAGACAAAGGGCGAGCUCCACGUGAUGGAGGAGAUGAAUCUGACCUGUAAGAUCCAUUCAUUUUACCCGGCACCUAUAGAGGUCACAUGGUGCACAGAAGAUGGACGGGUGCUGAACUCUACCCUCUCCGACCCCCUCCCUGACUCGGCUGGUCUGUACCAGGUCACCAGCUCCAUGAAUUACUGUCCAACAUUGAAGGACCUAAAAAAGACAUUCACGUGUGAAGUGAAACAUGAAAGUACUGGAGCCACGAGAAAAACUACGUGGAAACUGGAAGAUCUGAUUUCGGAGCCCACGGUGUCUGAUAUUUCUUGUAUUCCCCCGUCUCCUGAGCCUGGUACUUCGGUGACCUUUUCCUGCGAUGUCAGUGACUUGUACUCUACGGACUUUACAGUUCUGUGGUUCAGAAACAAUCAAAAGAUGUCAGAAGAGAAGUGCAAAAAGACUUUUCAGCCGGAUCCAGAGUCUGGGACGUAUCGGGGAACCGUAGAAGUGAACUGUCUAGUAACUCCUGAUUUUUACGAGAUCCGUAUGGAGCUGAAUGACUCCAAACACAUUAUCGAAAAAAAGUUUAGAUUCACCCUGGCAGGGUCCCCAGUCCUUAGUGACAUCACCAGCGAGCCCAGUGACGCCAGAUACGGCCAGCCUGUGACUCUGCGCUGCAGGGUGACCAACGCUAAACCGAAAGAUGUAGAGGUGAAGUGGUUAAAGAGCGACAAACCCCUGGAGAGCGGACAAGGAGUAGCGAAGCAAAUCCCUGAGGCGGACGGGUCCGUAUCCUGCUCACUGCAGAUCACUGCUACAGCCCUGGACUACGCCAAAGCUUACACCUGCUCUGUGAAGCCCAAGAACAUGACAGCGACGCUCAAGAAGACCCAUUAUAUAAAGCUCCCGGAUAGAGCACCAAAGUUUUCAGAGAUAAGUGUGCGGCCGGAGAGACCUGUCGCAGGGAAGGAAGCCACAUUCACAGCGACCAUAUCUGGAUUCACACCAGACAUUCGGGUGAAAUGGUAUAAAGAGUUCGACCCGUUUCCCAGCGACUUUGUCACCACAUCAGAUCCACAGAUUGGAAAGGACUCUCUAUGCACUUGUUCCAGCAGCCUGAGGUUCACUCCCCAGGACAAUGACCAUGGGGCGUCCAUCCGCUGUGAGGUGACACAUUCUGUCACUAAGAAAUUAUAUGAGCAGCCGUACACCCUGCGCCUCUCAGGAAGGACCUCGGAUGGACAUCUGCCUCUCGCCACACCACACUCAGGACAUCUAAAGCCACCACUGAAAACCAAAGGCAUUCAGUGCCUGACGGAGAAUCCGCGGGUGGGAGGUGAAGUCACACUCACAUGUUAUGUUGAUGGAUGUGACGCAGAUCAUUCGGAGUUCUCCUGGAGGAAAGGAAUGUUUCCUAUCGACAGUGGCAUAGAGAACCGGACUCUAGAGGACGGAUCUGGCAGCUUUUCCACAGUCACCUUCACAGCCCAAGAGACAGACCGAGACUGCACAAUGAUAUGUGAGGUGAAUUAUAAUCUCCAGAUACAAGAGGAACAUUUCACACUGAAGCUUCAAUAAGGAUCUACAGGAAUCAAUGGAAGCGAGACUCAUCAAUGUCUACAUUACUGGGGUAAAUCAGAGCGAGCACAGACUCCUCGAUGUCUACAUUACUGGGGUAAAUCGGAGCGAGCAACAGACUCAUUGAUGUCUUUAAUGCUGGGGUAAAUCAGAGCGAGCACAGACUCAUUGAUGUCUACAGUCCUGGGGUAAAUCGGAGCGAGCACAGACUCAUUGACUGCUACAGUCCUGGGGUAAAUCGGAGCGAGCACAGACUCAUUGAUGUCUACAUUACUGGAGUAAAUCAGAGCGAGCACAGACUCAUUGACGGCUACAGUCCUGGGGUAAAUCGGAGCGAGCACAGACUCAUUGAUGUCUACAUUACUGGGGUAAAUCAGAGCGAGCACAGACUCAUUGAUGUCUACAGUGCUGAGUGCAGUACCCCAGUUAUGGGAACUACAAAUUAACACCUUGUCAUAGUUUCCUAUGGCUAGCUGUCACGGCUGAGGAUGGGGAAAAUCCUCAGCCGUGCGAUGCCAGAUGGUGUUGUGGCUACUCGGCCAUGAGAACAGGAUAAGGGAGCAGGUCACCUCCUCAAGCAUCCCUAACCUGACCCUAA